AGGGAUCAUGUGAGCUUCUUCAUUUGCUUCUACGCGUUUUCUCAUAGAUUCUAUCUGAAAAUUGAAUUUGGACAGUCGCAGUCCAUAAUCUUCGCAUCCAGUUAUGAAGAGCCUUAUUUGCUGGUAGCGAAGUAGUUAGGAGAGAGGUACUAGCAUCCGCGUGCGUCCCUAUCUCUAUGAUAGUUCUUCUACCCCGAAGGCGUUCGUCGUCGUUAGAAGAGCUCGUUUCAUUGGUAAGCUCGUUUCAUUGGUAGAUCUUCAUAGCGCUUACUACUCGUAUUCAUAAUGAGGGGCGGCGCUUGGAAGUGGUUUUCGUUUUUGUUGCGUCACAUACUCGUUCUGGACCCGCAAGUUUUUCUUGCGUUUUAAACCCGGCACCCAGCUCCGCGUCCGUCAUAACAUUGACCACCGGAGUCUUCUGUUCGCCCAUCAUGGAGAUCAUGACUACUCACCUUGAUCACGACCUACCUCGACCAUCCCGCCUGCCGGUUGUGACAACUACUGCAGCGAAGCUCUGUAUAAUUCUCCUCGCCUCCAGCUACAUCCACCCGCCGAUUGUUCUUGUGCGAGCCCGUCUCACUACACGAGCGGAAGCCGGCAGAAUCGAAAACCUUGAAAAUGAGAAUACUACCACAGAGGACGACGCCGCCGCGCGUGCGACACGCGAGAAAAGGACUACAGGAUCUGCAUCGGCGUCCUCGUCCGCCCCUGCUCGAGCUUCCUCGGGUGGAUCGCCCGCAGCAACUACGUCAUCUUUGGGAUUCCUGCAGGACCAGGAGCCCGCGGACCCACCGCCCGGCCGCGCCUCCAGCAUCCCCGGCCAGCACUGUCCCGACCAGCCUGACAAGAUGAUUGCGUUCGCGGACCUGAAAUCCGAGUGCCGCAUGUGGCCGGGACGGCAGAACGCUGCGCAAACAGGCUGGUACGACGGAUGGGACACCACGCGUCCGGAAUUUGGAUACACACCGCGCAAAUCCACCUGUGGAAACGACGUAUGCUGUGUGAAAGAACUAUAUCGUCCGCCACGACCGGUGCAAGUCAUGCAACACAAAUAUAUUCGACAUCAACUUCUAUGCUAUCUUUCGACAGCACGACUGGCUCGGGGUUGUGCCUGUCAUGAACAGUCUCUUGUGUGCCAAGACGAACAUGUAGCCUGCUCCGUCGUCGUAACCAAAAUUAUGUUUCUUCCACAGGAGCAGGCCAAUUUUAUUCAUUUUUCGGCGCAAGUAUAACUUUUUGUUCUUCCCGUGAGAAGUACUUCCUUGCUCAGCACGCGCUACGUCGAUUUCUGUACGCAGAAAUGACUAUGAGAUCAUCUCUUCGAUCAGGCGUUGGCACGGUCGUCGAUAUUUUUCCACACGAUACGGUGCCCUAGGUUUCUACCUGCUUGCGGAUGAGGACGGUGACGGGGAGGUGGACCAAAACGGGGGCGCCUUCUGGUGGACCCGGGUGCCGAGCUCGGCAGCCGAGUGGCAGGCCCGCCGGGAUUUCGUGGCCCGCAAGCUGCGCACCCAUUCCCCCGGUCGCGAGGAUUGGAUCGACGAGUUCGACUUGGCAAAACGCGAAAACCCGCUCGCGUGCGGGCCGCGGGCCUUCAUUACCAGCUGCCGGGAGGUGAACCCCGAGGCCGGGGACUACGGGACCUGUGUUGCGCCCGAGCAAGAGAGAAAAUUGUCGCCCGAGUGGCAGUAUUGGAAGGGUGGGAAUGGGAACUUCGAAGUUGGGUUAUCAAGAAGAAAAAUCCCCCCUCCCUUUAUCAAAACGGAAAUCUGUGAUGCAGAUUUGUGGUCACAAGUCAGUUUUGUCAUGCUAGAACGGAAAAGAUGCGAACUGUAGUGCUGGGGUGCGUGGUGGAAGAGCCUUGCAUCUUCAGCAUGACAGGAAGCAGCUGGAAGUGGCAAACAGCAUGACAAAUCGCCUGCAAACGAGGCCACAGCUGCGCCGCUUUGCCUUCUAGCAAUACAAGGCGACUUGUGUACUCAGUUACAGCAUCACAAAUGUUGUCUUCGAUAUGGGGAGGGGGGACGUUUCGUUUUGACAUAAGUUUGCGAAAAUCAAGGAACGGUGUCGCCAGCGAGAUUCAGGCUACGACUGGACGAUACGCAUUGCAGCAAAUUAUACGUCUGGGUCUGGAAGGAUGCUGCUUGACUUAUGGUGCGCGUCCGAAAGAUAAGUACACAAAAGUCUGUCAUGCGUGGACAGCAAAAGUAGGAAUAGCUCCUUGUAGUCAACAGCGAACAGGAACAAGCACCGAGAAGUGCGGAAUUUCUGAUGCGGGAUCAUAGCCAUCGAUAAACCUCCUCACUACCUGUGACGCUGUUGCUUGCAUGCCAGAGCUUCUAGGCCAUGCAGAAGCCGCACGACAAACAGAAAGAACACAGGCAGGAUUCUUCCAGACCACUCCGACUACAUAUUUGCACUGGAUAACCCACAGGCAAUGCGUUACACACGGAGGAGUAUGGGAGAGUCAAGUACUCGGUCUACUGCAUCGCGAAGAACGGUGCGGAAUACCCCGUAUGAAAUGCAAAUAUGUCUGGGUCUGGAAGGUUGCAACUUGUGAUGCUGUCUUCGAAUUCGAAAAAAAUCUGUAUUGCAUGACCAGCAAGAGGGGUCCAGUUUGUGCUACGCCAGGAGGCCAUUUCCCAUGCGGGAUGGCAUCAGGAAGCCUUCUAAAAAUCUGUGAUGCUAGGUCAUGCAUUACAGGGCUCGUGGGACAUGAAAAAUAUGCAUGAAAAACAUCGCUUUCUUCCAGACCCAGACAUAUUUGCAGUGGAUACCCCGUCCCCUCGGAUGAAUUAAAGUGGAUCGAUAAAUUCUACACCAACGGGCACAGUGCCGAGUCCGGGCUGCGGGCGUUUUACCCGAGUGAGGACAUGGGCGGCGAAAAGUACGCCAACAGUAUGGUGGUUUGGGCCGGCCCGGACGGGGCGCGGUUCUUCCCGUUGGACUGCAUCGCGAAAGAGACCCCCGGCUACCAAGGCCACAGCAUUUUGCACAAGGCCACCGAGCGGGACCACCCCUGGCGCGCGGGAGAUUACGCCCUGCUGCCCAUGCGGCACCAGAAGCAGCUGCUCUGGGAGGAGAAGCGAGUCUUCGAGACGCAGCUGAGGGAGCGGACAUCAAGCCGGCUCUUGAUGUUCUUCCAGGACAAAGAACCACAGGCCCUUUCGCACGCGGCCGCGGACCGGCGGAAACGCGAGUUAAUCCGGGCCAAGCUCCCCGCGCACGCGGUGCGGGCGGUGGCAAGGCAGAAUAUGAAGCUGCGGGAACAGGGGGAUCACGGUGUGGAUCUUCAUCUAUACGGGAUUUUUCUCACAGACCAGUGCCACGUGCAAAAGACCUCGGUGACCGAUGCGGUUUCCGAGAUAGAAAUGUUUGACGCUCAGUGGACCGAUGCCGCAGUGAGUUUCGAGGACGGCGUUUUUGUCUGCUUACACGAAGACCGUCUGACGGACCCAGUGCACUGCGGCGAGGCAGUGAGUGCGUUUCCGCAAACACACAAGAUCACGAACCCCGCGACGGAUUUUCGAACCGCGGCGGGGCAGUUUCUCGCGCGGGGCCACGAUUCGCCGGACUGCAAGUGCGUGCAGAAGCUGUCCCUAGACCCGGAUGAAUACAAUUGGGAGUCAUACGUCUACGAUAUCGACGAGGACGCGGCCUGGUGCGUGUCGCAGCAGAAAGCCGCAACGGUUCCAGAGUUCGUCUUUACAAACGGGGAAAAUGCAGAUUUCGACCCGCAGAAAACCGGGUCCGCGAAAUGCGUGCGGCGGGUCGGACGGAAGACGGAGGAGGAAAAAGAGGCGGCACGGAACGAAAGGGAAUCCAACUUGCUGCAAGAGCGGGGCGAGGCCGAUUACGGCUGCUUGGUGCAGAAAAACGUAAAUUUCGGAGGGGCGCGAGUCAACGAGAUGGAUUCGGGGGCAGCAGGAGCAUCUGAUACAAGAACAACUUCUUCAUCUUUCGCACAAAGUGGAAGAACUUCCGGGAAGAUCACUGCGACUGCCACGACCACUGACCACUUAGACUUCAAAACGUGCCUGCAGACCUGCGGGGAAAACGAAGAGUGCGGUGGCGUGGUCUAUUACAACCCCUUUCCGGAGUGGUACCAGCGCGGAAAGUAUCAAAUGCAAAAAUGUCUCGGUUUGGAAGAUUAGAACCUGUCAUGCUAAAUCUGAAUGAUGCAAAAAUCUGUGUUGCGUGAGUACCAAAAGGUGUCCGCUUUUGACCAAGUCGAGAGGGAGCUUCUCAUGCAGGAAAGGCAUGAUAGAGACCUUAGAGAAUCUGUCAUGCUGGGUCUCGCAUUCCAGACCUCAUGAGUCAUGGAAAACCUGCAGCACAAAUCUUGCAUUCUUCAGCCCCAGACAUUUUUACAUUUGAUAGAAAGUGCACGCAACGAAAGACAGGCGCGUGGGGGGCGGAAAAGCAGGUGCUACCGGGCUCCUUUGCGGUGGCGAUGACGCCGGUGUGCCGAUCUGAACUCAGCGGCAAGAACGUACCGUCCGGCUCCGGUGCGAUGAACGGCCAGACUGAUAAAAAACGGAACCAGCCACACGCGCAAAGACCACCAGCGGGUGCUGUUCAUGGUGCAGCAGAUUAUAUCAAGAGCAAGGACCACCAUUACCAGCUUGAGGACAGCACGAAAACAGAAGUGUUGAAAGAUUACGAGCUGUGCCUGAAACUGUGUGACAGCCGGGGGGACUUGUGCAAGGGCGUUGCCAUGAAUGUACGGGCCGAGGCGUGUUUCCUGCUGGAUCACUAUUGCGCGAACGCUGGUGUGAGUGCCAUGGUCGACCGGACCUUGCUCGACAUAGCGGAACAGGCAAUAAACGCGGAGGCCGGCGGCGGGGGUGAUGUCGGCGAGCCGACACCAAAUGAUGAUCGUGCUGCUGAGAAUGGAGCUACGCAGCACGCUGCUGCGACGGAUAGAACCAGCACAACUGCUAGCGUUCCAACUUCAGCUAGCAGUAGAAGUAGCAGCAGUUCGACGUCCUUUCUGGCUGAGGAGAUAAAAACGAAAAAAGCAGCUACGUCGGAAAAAGAAACGACACUGCAAGGGGCUGAGACAGAAAUGCCGAAGAACAACAUGAAGAAAAGCAAAAAUACCGGGGCAGCAGUACCAAACGGCAGCACCACAAGUUCCGCGCUUGCGGACAUAGAUCGGCAGCUAGAGAGACUGUUCGAGGAAAAGAGGCAAUUGCAGCAGCUGGAAAACGAGAAGCAGUCUACCUCUCCGGCUUCUUCACUCUCUGGAAAAGCAGCUGCACCGACAAGCCCUGCCUACACUCCGACCGCCGCCUUGGGCGCGGAGGAGCAAGCGGGCGGUACUACUAGCGCUAGCACAACCACGGUUGAAAGAAGAUCUUCACAGAGCGACCAGCUUCACGAUAUUAACGGCUACCCGGCACACCAUGGUCAACAAAGAGAACUACAUCAGCCUUUUUUGAUGUACCCGGAGCAGUCGGGAAGAAGUGUCGCGCCUUCUGACAGCGGUGGACUGAUGGUGGGCACAAAGGGUAGAACAAGGUCUAGUUCCCCUUCGCACGACCCCACUUCCGCCUCCGCGGAGUUGAUCGCCCGCUUACAGCAGCAGGGACUCGGCACGCCGAAGAAAGCGUGGCUAUUGGCCAUGAAGACGACGGAUCAAACUACCAACACGACUGCGGAUCAUGCACAGCAGGCUCAGCUGGGAUUGGGAACGCAAAUGCAGACGUCGGCGGAAUUGUAUCGCAAGGAAGAACUCUUGUCGGGCAAUGUUGUUGAUGGUCACAGCACACACCAGGCAGCUGCCCAGACGACCACGGCAUUUUCUUUUUCCCCGCCACCGCAGCAGGCUUUCAUGAGAAAUUGGAAGGACAGGUCUACUUCCGUCAAGCCUCUGUACAUCGCCCUGAUCAUUGGUUGCCUUUCUCUGACCAUGGUCGGACUCACCGCGUUCUUGAUUUGGUUUUUUGCCUGCCGGGACCCGGAAAGCCUGGACGGUGCUGCAGUAGAUGAUCACAGUGACUUGUACGGUGAGAAUGAGGGCUACGGGUUGGGCUUUGCCUACAGAAAAGGCGAGCCGUCUGGAGGUGCUAUCGGUGGAAAUAAAAAUUUCAAUGCGGGCUCGGGCAACGUCGGGGGGACAAAAGAGAUGAACGGCAAUGAGGCUUUUCGCCAGUCCCGUGUGACCUACGGAGCAGGAGGUCCUCGUGGUCCUCGGGAGCAGAGCACAAAUAACAAGGGCGAUCGUGGUCGCGCCACGAGCAGCUACAACAAGUCCCCCGGCGGGAAAAAUAGGAAAGGCGACGGAGGGGUUCUUUUGUCUUCCCCUAGUUCGGGCAACAUUAAGCAAGGAUACAGCACCAGCUAUGUGGCAAGAAGUUCGAAGGGCGAGGGAGAACAGCAAUUCGUGGUUGACGAGGAGGGUGCAGCUGCAGUUUUCAGUGGAACUACGAGCGAAACUGGUUUUCACGAACAGGAGAAUGAACUGGACGACACGUAUUUCACUUAUGACUUGCUCAAGCGUUACAAUCUCGAACGUUGCAAUAGAGUCUGGAGUUUGUGUUGCAUGAUGAGCAUGACAGACUCGCACAGCGUGCCACCUUUUGCAAUACAAAUUUCGCCACAUUGUAGUGGGGUUUGGGGCUCCGGAACUUAUCAUGCGCAAUCCUGCGAGAGUUCGUUGGCUGGAUCAUGCAGUCUUGCAUCACAGAUUUCCAUAUUCUAUUGUAACGUUUGAGAUUGUAACACCUGAGCGGGUUAUAUCACUGAGUACGGCUGGAACGCCCUGGCCGCCGCGCCAGCACUGUCCGCGAACGUGCCACACGGCAGCCAGGUGGACGAAGAAGGAGUGCAAUAGAAGCUCGUGGGGCUUUCGAGAAUCCAUGAACCGUAGUUCACCCGGCCUCGUAGAGAUGAAGCUCUUAGGAUUUUUGAGAUCGUACUAACCAUUCCGUCGCUUUCGUUCCGUCGCGGCCGCGUAUACACAUUCUGUUCCUCAUUUUCAUUCUGUCUCUAGAGGUACUUAGAUGAAUCAAACUUGAGAAUACAGCUCGCCAACGGUCAAAAUGAAUCCUUACCAGUACCUGUGCCUAUACAAGAAGUGACGAGAC